GCUUGCUCUGCACGCCGGACCAGUCGUGUGCGCUGUCCCCAGAGGUAGAGACUACACCGUCUUUUUAUUGCUCAGACAGACUAGUUCUCCCCCGACUUUACCGUACCAGCCGCCAUGAGUGCUCAGAAGGAACAGCAUAGCGAUGCCGCAAGGGACAUGUGGGAAACCACGAACGACGACUACGAGAAGUUCCGUCCGUCCCAUGACAAGGCGGGAGUGAGGGUUCUGUUGGAACACCUGGGCCUCGUGGACAACGUCAAUCAAACCAACGGGACCACGCCCACUGAUGACGUCAGCCCGACAACCUAUGACGUGUUGGACGUGGGCGCCGGGACCGGGAAAUGUACCCGUGUCAUCAAGGACGUACUUGGAGAGGACGCGCGGAUCGUGGCUCUAGACCCUGUGGCGGGUAUGAUCCGGCAGCUGAAGGCCAAUGUUCCCGGGGUGGACGCCUUUGUCGGCCCCUGCGAGAACAUCCCGCUUCCCGACAACUCUGUCAGGGCUGUUGUCUCCUCGCAGAGUUUCCAUUUCUACGCGAACGAGGCCGCCCUGCGCGAGGUUCACCGGGUCCUCAUUCCUGGCGGAAAGUUCGGGAUCAACUUCACGGGGGAUGACGAGAAGUACCCGCUGGUUCACGGCGUGUACGAACUGAUCCGGAAGUACAUGUACCCCGAGUGUCCCGAGUACUACCUCAACCCGCUCCUGGACACCAGCUGGAAGAACUGCUUCGACGCGGCGCCGCUCUUCACUCCGCUGCAGGAGCACAUCUUUCCCUGGGAGAACCAACAGACUCUGCCCGACGCCGAGUCUGUGGUGAAACUCUUCAUGACGUACAGCGCCAUCGCUCGGGAGCCCGACGUCAGGAAAGAGUGCGCCGAGAAAAUGCUCAAACUGCUGACCACCGACCCCGCCAUCGCGCAGAACGGAAACCCGCUGGAGGUGCCGCGCCUCAACGCCCUCUACUGGUGCACCAAGAAAGUGCAGUGAGAGGCGCGCUCUCCCUCCCUGCCUGCAGCCCAAAUGAGCUGCCUACAACAGGGUAGAUGCCACCAUUAUGUUUGGACGUUGAAGGCUAUAGUUAGAUACACGGAAACAAGGUUACAUAAGAGUACUUUCCCACAUUUCAAUCUCAAAUAUUCUUCUGCACUAGAAAGCAACAAGGGUCCAACUCUCAAAUAUACAACAAAAACAGGUGGUUGACCACAAAAAUAAUUUCUCAUGUAUCCAGUUAGAACUGUCAUUACACCCACUAAACUGAUUUUCAAAGAUAUAAGCUAGAGACUAGAAUCGUGCUCCAUUUUGGGGCCUUCACUGUGCAACUCAAUGAUGACGUCAUUCAACAAAACUGUGACCAAAUAACGUUAGGGCAUAGAUUUCUAUUAGCCUAUACACCAUUAAAACUUCACUUUUCUUGGAAAAUUUGGUGCCUUUUUUGUCAGUUUUAUGGUGGAUGGGAAAGGUGAUGCUCACUGAUUUUGGCAAAAAAAACAACUUUGGUUUAGAAUGUUUGGGAGACCACUGGGGAAAGUAGUCCCAAGUGGUGUGUAUAGAAUUCUGCAGUAGAACGUAUUGGUAGAGCAUGCCCUUUAAGCCGUUUGGUAAAGUCUUCACUUUGUGAUGUGAAUUAUUUCAUGUUUGCAAUGAAAUAAACAUUAUG